AUGCCUCCCCGAGUUGGUGGAGAGCAAAUCACCGAGCCGGAGAUCCUCCACGUCGCCCCGCCGCCGCCCAACGUCGAUGAACUGAUUGGUCUGGCUCGCGCUCGCCUGAAUAUCCCGGAAUUCGUCGCCGCGGAGCAGCUUCUGGGCGCAAACCGCCCUCCCGGAAACCGCCUCGAAGAGGCUCAGAUUAUCGUCGCGAGCUUCAUCGUCAUCCAAACGCGCUAUUUGCUCCUUCGGGGCGCCAUCCACCGCGCCGACCCGCGCAUUUUGAUGAUCGGGGAAGAUGGCCUGGUCGCCUACCUCCGGGAGUACAGCGCCCUCUACGAUCGGGCUAAGGCGCGCAUGAUGCAUCUGAUUGCACGCCCCGGAGAGCACCGCCAUCACCGCGGGUUCCUUCGCCUGCAGCGGGCUGCCCUCGCCUGGAUGCGCCAGGUUCGCAUCUUGGAGCAGGAGCUCGGGGGGAUGGUCGCAGCUCUUUUCAAC